AUGAAUCCCGAUGCGCUCUACAUCGCUCUUUUCAUCCGUGAUGAUCCACCAAAGCCGAAUGACUACCACUGGGCUCUCUACUACCAUCACCGUAAUGGCGGCACCAAAUACCACAUCCGCAACGAAGGCAACGGCUGGAUGGCCGCUCACGGCCCGGAAUCAGCCCCCGGCAUCCUUAAGACCUUCCUCCUCGUCGGACUGUUUCAAAUCGCCCAAGUCCCAUCCACUGCACUAGCACAGGAGACCCUAGACCGCGUAUUCCGAAGCUACGAUGAUAAGCUGAACGGCGAUGAGAAGUUUACUUGUCGGACCUGGGUACUUCACGUGCUGAGGGAUCUACAACGGGAACUAGGGAUCCUACACGGUAUCAACUUGGAAAUGUUAGAGAAAGAGAUCCUAGAAUGGGGAAAUCACUACAGAUUUGACGCAAGCCGGAAUGUGCAGCCGAGACCUUCGAAUCCUUAUCUUGAGCGCCAGGAGGGGGACUACCUCACCGCUCUCAUGUAUAUAACCGGCAGAAUCAAGCCACAUCUUUCUCCGCCCCGCAUUCCAUCGCUUUUUUUCCGCGUCGCAUUAUCCACCCCUCCUAUAUCCAUCGAUCUAUACAAUCAGACCGUCACAAUGAGGAUUGUCGAUCCCCAAUCCGCCGUCCUCACCAACAUCGAGGUCCUAGCCUAUGUAACGGCCAAUCCCCCCCGGCGACCCCCGAACCCGCCGCCGAACUCAAGACACUGGGUUCCGAGUCCGGAUUUGCGAGAUCACAAUACGGUCAUUAAGGAGAUCCACAACUACGCCACCCGUCUCUCGCCCCAUAUCCUCAACUACCCAAAAUACACACACCUAUCUCCCUCACAAAUACAAGCUCAAGCACAAACACAACAGUCCACAUCCACAACUAUUCCGCCUGCCCAGCUUAACGCCCCCACACCACUAGAUCAUGCCCUUCGCGAGCUCGUCACCAGGUUACAGCCCUACGGGCUCACGAAGGGUGAGGUGCUGAUGAUUGUGAACCUGGGCGUGGGACUGAUCACGCCCACGGCGGACGGGGACAAUGAAGCGGGUGAGGGAGAAGAGGGGGAGAGUAUGGAACAGGACAAUGGGGAGGAGACGAAUGGGAUGGAUGUGGAUGGGGCGGAGGCGUGUGAGGAACAAGGGGAAGGGGAAAUAGCAGAGGAGGAUUACGGUGCGCUGGCGCUGAUGGAUACGGUUAUUGAGGAGCGGGAGGAGCGGUUGAGCAAUGAGGAUGUCGCGAAUAUUUUGGCGAUUAUUCGGGAGACGUUGGGGUCGAAGAGCCUAUCGCAGGGAGAGGGUAUGGAUGAGGAGGGAUAGAGUACUCGCGUUAAUCAUUAUACCACGCUUUGUUUAUGCUGCAUGUCAUAGCCAAUUGUUGCACGUUCUAUCUAUCUAUACAACCUGGUAUAUGAUGGGGUAUCCAGCAGACACUCCUGAAAUCCCAGCGGGGAGAAUAUCAUACAAGGGAACAGCCUCUAUGCCCCCCACUGCCAUGAAACCGGCAAAGCAGGAAGGGCAGGCGAAG